AUGUCUUCCUCGUGGAUAAAGACGCUGCGAGACCGCGCAGCCCAGGCAGGCUCCAAGGUGCCCGAGCGGCUCUAUCACACCGACUGGUCGCGAUCCUUGGCAAAUGCGCAUCUCAGCAGCGCAGGCACCUUCAAUGAGGGUCUCCUCGCUGGCUUGGCUCUGCCAGGCGAGGUCACCACCAUGGCGUUUGAGCCAGUCCGGGGAUUCCUCGCCGUAGGCACCACACUCGGAACUAUUCAUCUUUUCGGUUCGCCUGCCGUUCAGCUCUCCUUCUCGCUACGACCUGCACAUCGCGUCAGUCAUCUCGCCUUCAAGUCCGAUGCCGGUCUGCUGGUCUGCAUCGACGAGAAGGACAACGUCAGCAUCUACGACCUGGCCAGACCCGAUCCUCAGAUCAGAGCGGCCCACGGGACUUCCUCGAACCAGUACCGCCCUUCGACGGCAUCGACGGGACACAGCAUCACUGGCCCACCUCACCCAGAUACGCCGCAGCGAGUCGGCGUGCACUCGGUGCGCAACAAGGUCAUCUGCGUCGAAGUCUCGUCCGCCCACUCUCACAUGUUUCUGGGCUUGCGCGAUGGCACUGUGGAUGCAUACGAUCUCGAACGCAUGUGUCCAUCGCCCUAUCGCGUGCCUAACCUCUGGUGGGAGGAAGAAGAGAUUCUUCGCAAGUCGGGCGUGCCGGACGCGCCGAACCGUCGUCACGUGCCGCUCAUCAUUGAUAUCAAGACGCAUCCAAAGGACAUCAACCAGCUGCUGCUUGCAUACGAAGGCGGCGCCAUCCUGCUCGACGUGCGUGAGCGUGCGGUGCUCAAGACGUUCCAGCUCCGCCUCUUGCCCGGCGCGCGCGGGGCGGGAGGCCAUCCGGAUCUCGUGUGGACCGAACGCGCUCCACCGGCAACGUGCGUCGCUUGGCGCCCGGAUGGAGAAGUCUUUGCCAUGGGACACGAGGACGGCUGCAUCUCGUUUUGGCACGCUCGCGAUGACGACAAGCCGCUCAUGGUGCGCACGCUUGACUGCCUCGAUGUGGACAAGCCCAUCACCGAUCCUUCGCUCAUGGACAUGCCUCGACCACCAAAGGAGCCCAUCUUCAAGCUCGCCUGGUCCGGCUUUCCCGAAAAGAGCUGGAUGAGCAUGGCCAGCGAAAGCGCAGCCAGCUGGCAGUCCCAACCGCAUCAGCGCGCAUCGUCCUCCAACGAGCCUGUCGACGAGCCCGUCAAGGGCACCCUGCUCACGGUGCUCGGAGGUGCGGGUCCAGAGAUGGAUAUGCCCGGUCUCUUCUGCUCCAAUCUCCCGCCGUAUGCUGCUGCGAUAACGUUGUGGGGAGGAGCGAAUGCCGAGGCGAGUCGCAAGCUGCGCCAGGCACUGCGCGACUCGCUCGUGCCCACGUUCGAGAGCGUGUGUCCGACGUCGAGUCAGGUGGAGGACUUUAUGCUGCUGCCGCGCAACAAGCCUCACUACUCGGGAAGCUACGAUCCGACGGCGGUAGUGGUGCUGCUUGCAGCCGAUCUUGCGUUGCCCACGCUGCCGCCUCCUGCUGCUGCACGCGGUCUAGCGUGCUUUGCCUACCCGCCACGGACGAGGUCAGAUUCACGCGCUGCGCCAGAUCCACAGGCUUUCCAGCCGGGCAGCAACUCGGUGCCGAUCCAGCCACAGAAGGAGCUGCACCUGCCACUGCCGCUCACCCUGGCCGGUCCAGGUGCGAUCCUGGGUGCAAAGUUGGAGACGCUCACGCCGCACGCCUACCGUAAGCUGGUCGGGCCGUUGGAUGUCACGGGCUUGAACCAGAAGCAGGAGCAGGAAGCAUCGGGCUCGGCGCUGCGCUCGUCGUUCAACCACGACAAGCCGCCGCUGGAGCUGGCGGGUGGCAAGGCAUCGGCAUGUCUGUCUGGCGAAGGAUCCGACGGCAUCCCCGAGCUGCUUCGUUCAAGCUCGUUCCGCAUCCUCAUCACCUGGCAUCUCGACGGCUCGGUACGGUUCUACGAUGCCAGUCCGCACUUAAUGCUGAUGGGACGCGUGGAUGAAGACGACCUCAAGCGCCAGUUAGCUUCGCCGCGCAUCUGGCUGCAGCAAAGCUUCCCGUCGCCUCUUCCGCACCUCACGAUCGACGCGCGAGCUCUGCUGCACAGCCCGGCGAUGCAGGGCCAUGCGACGUUCGAUCGGAUCCGCGCACGCGCCCGCAUCCAAGAUGUGCAGUUCGCGACCGAGGUGCUCGAGGCGAGCGUCGUGCUGUCGACGGGCCAGGUGCUGCAUAUGCGCUUUGGGUUCGCACAGCUGAGCGAGACCGAGAUGAUCAACGACGAGGUGGAGGAGUCGAUCAAGAGGCAGGAGGAACAGACGCAUCUGCUUAUCCCGCCCGUCAAGAGCCCACGCUCGAGCAUGCACCGUUCGUCCAUGUCGAUUGCAUCGCCGCAGUCGGAAGCCGCCGCAGCCACAUCGCAGGCGCUGGACGCAGAGAUGUCAAAGGCAAUGCAAGAGCUCGAGGUGGGGACGGACGCGGCAGUGCCAGGCACAACGGCACCUCCUCCACGACCGCGCAGAGACCCGAAGCGCGCGAGUCUAAACCCGGGCCAGCAGGCAGCGCUGCAACAGCCAGCUCGCAUUCCUCCUGGCCCUCCGGCUCCGGUUCCAGGUCCACCAGCUCCAGGUAGCUUUGAACAUGAAGAGAUCGUGCUGCUGCAUCAUCUUGCGGACCCGCGCUACGAUGGGUUCAAGCCGAACCUCAUGGUGGAUCCGAUGCGCGGCGAGAUCACGGCGCUGGCGUCGAGCGACAUUGGCUUCCUGGCUGUAGCAUGCGGUACGGCGCUGGCGGUGCUUGACUUCCGAUGCGGCGAGCUCAUUCUCAAGGAAGGAUUCGGCGGACACGAAUCGGAGGCAGGCGGGCCGGGCGACGCCAAGACGCUGCGCAAGGCGAUCGAGGCCGAGUCCAAGAGCCCAAUUUUGCAGCUCAUGUUCAGCAUGUGCCGGAUUGCCGAGGAUCCGAGUCUGGCGCCGCGGCUGAUCGUAGUGCGCGCCAACGGCGUGACGACGGUAUGGACUCUGCAGAGGACACUGGAUAUGUGGAUGGUGGAACGGAGCGGCACGCACAAGCUCGAGGAACUCGUCGAUGCGCGUGGGCUGCACGUGCUCGACACCAAGGGGCGGGCGUGCAAUGCGCAUCCGCAGGAUCUGCAACGUGCGUUACGCGAGCAAGAGGUCGGCUUGGCGGCCGGAUCGACAACCGAACUUCCCGAGGCAGAUGUUCUGCUGGGCUUUAGCGAGCGACAGGUGACGAUGCGAUACGGCAUUACCGGCCCAGUGGUAUCCCGCGCCGAGAUGGGCGAGGGUGUGCUGGGGUGCAGCGUGGUAGAGCGCGCGCACGACAAGGUGGCAGCGGUGGUGACGGCGUCCAGCAUCCGGCUGCUGAGCCUGCCGAAGCUGGAGCCGAUCGUGCGGCUGCAGCGCCACCAUCGCGAGGUGGGCGAGUCGGCGGGCUGGCGGGCAUGCAUCUCGUUUGACGCCAAUGGCGACUUUGUCGAGGUGUGCAGCAGCCUCGACGUUCGUCUCUGGACGAUGUUCGCCUCGCUCCGUCGACCGGGUCAGCCGAACCUGACGCUGAUGGAUCCCACCGCAGCUCCUACGGUGCCGCUUCACCCUGGAGCAGUGGGGUCGGCGGCUGGGGUGGCAACGAGCAUUGCUGGAUGGUUCGGCACCAAGACCACGGGCGUCUUGUCGGUGGGAGCACAGAUGGACGCGGUGCUGGCGGGCGAUAAGCGACCUGAACCACCUAAGCUCGGUGAAGCGCUUGCACCGCGUGACUACCGUCCGCCCCUGCCGCCUGCUGCCGACACCGAACGUGUCGAGAUGAGCGAGCGUCCAACAGCGACAGGAUCGAGUGCAGCAACAGCACGGCGCGAUCCAAGUCGGUCCAAGGCCGUUGCAGCCUCUGCCGACUCGGCGUGGGCAACCAGCUAUCAAAACAUCGACCUGCUCAAGGCGCGCGGAGCCAUGAUGAGCGGCAUCGAAGACGGCCUCACCAACCUCGAGCGAGGCGCCAGCAACUUCCUCAAGAGCACACGCGAAGCCGCGAUCAAGGGCGCCGCCAAGGACAAACUCAACAAGAUGUUCUUCUGA